AUGAAUGGCUUUGCUGAUUUCGAAACAGCGGGUCGAAUGAUCCCUCCCAGGGUCAGACACAUGAGAAAAUUCACUCAUGGGAAGAUCGUCGGCGGCGAGCCUGCAGAAUUGGGCCAGUUCCCGUACCAGGCGUCGAUCCAGGACGAUAUAUUCGGCUGGGGACAUUAUUGCGGGGCUUCCAUCUUGAACUCGACGCACUUGCUCACCGCCGGCCACUGCGAUCCCUAUGUCGGCGAUAAGGUGGUGGCGGGAAUCAUCAAUCUCGACGACGAAGGACCGGAAGCCCAAAUAAGGAGAGUCGACAGGGUCGUCAUCCAUCCGCAAUACUCCGGCGUGGAGAACGACGUGGCCGUGGUGACUCUGGAUGAACCGUUCGUGUUCAACGAAUUCGUCGGACCCGUCACGCUCCCUCUCGACGGCCAGCAGCCCUCCAAUGAGCCAGGUAGAUCAUUAACAUCCAUU